AUCUACCAGUCUGCUUCUGUUCCCGUUUACUUUUUAUUUGAUUCAUAAAGCAAAAGCCGGAAGUAGAGGAUCUUUGAGGGGGUGGGGUUAAAAAUGGCCGUGCAAAGCAUUACGAAUCCUUUCCUUACGAAAUCAGUGUUGCCGGCGAUCUCCUCCUCGUCGUUUUCUUCAACACGCAACAACAGUAAUGAGUUGGGAGUUGUUAGAGUUGGGGCGCAGGGGAGGGGGAGUAGCAGGGGAGGGCGUACGGAUGCUCUGGGGCUUGUUGUAUGUGCUUUGGACCGUAGCAAUGGGAGCAAAAGCAGCAGCGGCGGCAACGAUGGGGCUAAGAAGGGAGGCGUGCCGAAUUCGAAUUAUGUGGUGCCGCUGGACAAGUCAUUUACCCCGACAAACUCAUCCUGCAUCACUCGCCCUCUGGUUGAGAUUCUCCGAGACCUUAACAAGAGAAUCCCCGACAAUAUCAUCGAGACUACUACUCCUCCACCUCAUGAUGACAACACUGCGGCCACCACCUUCAUCCCCUGGUAUCAUGCCAAUCGGAUGUUGAGCUUCUACGCACCUGGGUGGUGUGGAGAGAUACGUGAUGUUAUAUUUUCUGACAAUGGAAGCGUGACUGUGGUUUAUCGUGUCACCAUUCGGGGAUCUGAUGGAGAGGCUCACCGUGAGUCAACUGGGACAGUAUCACCCAGUGAUGGCCACAUCGUGGAUCCAGUUGCUGCAGCAGAGGAAAUAGCUUUCUGUAGGGCAUGUGCUCGGUUUGGCCUUGGCUUGUAUCUCUAUCACAGAGAAUAGAUGCAACACAGCAAGAAGUUGACCUUCCAAAAAUUUGUCGAGUUUUUGUUCAGUUUGUUGAGAAUUCGAUAGUGUGGAAUACGAGAAUUCGAUAGUGUGAAAUACAAUCUGCCCUUGCAGUUGACGUAAAUACAUCUAGUAGAUGCAAAGAGGACAUCUAGAAUUUGCAGAUUAUCCAGUUUGGAUUGUGGAGAACUAAGCUGUAGACAUUUGUAUGGUAAACUGAGUUUUUUAAUUGCUUAUAUAAAUAGGACAUAUUUUCAUAAA